GCAGAUGGGUGUGGCAACGCCAUUUAGUUUUUUAGCCAGAUUUUUUGCACUAACAAAUCCUCGAACUAAGCUUAUAUUUUAACUUAUACAAGUGCCAGCUAAGCAUUAGGCAAAGAAACUAAGCCGUAGCUAAACUUAGCGGUUUCACGGAACUAAAACCAAAUAACAAGUUUACGACGACGAUACUUUCUCCCAAUAGAAACACAAAGAGAACGAGAGAUAGAUAUAUAUACAUACGGUAAGAGAGAGAGUGGGCGAGCGACCGAGAUGCAACAGAACGCUGCCAGUAAUCCAUUCUCAAUGGUGGCCGCAUAUGGGGAUCGUCCCCAAAUGGGCCUCGACGUUGAGUUCGGCUCUGAUCCUGCCAGCGGAGCGGCGUUCUUCCAAAGCGAUGGCCGCAAGCAUGAUGAUCUCAAGCAGAUGCUUGAUAGCAACAAGGAUGGGCUCAAACUGGAGGCCAUGAAGCGAAUCAUUGGGAUGAUAGCCCGCGGCCGAGAUGCUAGUGACCUCUUUCCAGCUGUCGUCAAGAAUGUUGUGUCGAAGAACAUUGAGGUCAAAAAGCUGGUCUAUGUGUAUUUGGUGCGCUAUGCAGAGGAACAGCAAGAUUUGGCCCUGCUAUCGAUAUCAACAUUCCAGCGAGCCCUGAAGGAUCCAAACCAGCUGAUUCGUGCCUCGGCGCUGAGAGUGCUGUCUUCCAUACGGGUUAAUAUGAUUGUGCCCAUUGUGAUGUUGGCCAUUCGGGACAGUUCGGCGGAUCUGAGUGCGUAUGUGCGCAAGACUGCUGCCCAUGCGAUACCCAAGUUGUAUUCGUUGGAUGCCGAGCAAAAAGAUGAACUUGUGAUGGUCAUUGAGAAGCUGCUGUCUGAUAGAACCACCUUGGUGGUGGGCUCUGCUGUGAUGGCCUUCGAUGAGGUGUGCCCCGAACGAGUGGAUCUCAUCCAUAAAAAUUAUCGCAAACUGUGCAAUCUUCUGGUGGAUGUAGAUGAAUGGGGUCAAGUGAUUAUUAUAAAUAUGUUGACACGCUAUGCUCGCACUCAGUUCGUAAAUCCCAAUGGUGACGAGGAUGCCGAUAUGGCUGCGGAAGCGGCCUCUCACGGAGGAGCCAACGACGAGCGUUUCUAUGAUGAGUCGUCACCCGACGAGGCCGACGAGCAACAUGACCAUGAGGAGGAUGACGAUGAUGAAAAAUCGCAUGAGUCGGUGCAAAACAAUGGCGUUCCAUCCAAUUCCCCAUCGACUAGCUAUCACAUCGAUGUGGAUCAUCGCCUCCUGCUGCGGCAGACGAAGCCCCUUCUCCAAUCCCGCAAUGCCAGCGUCGUAAUGGCCGUUGCCCAACUGUAUCACCAUGUGGCUCCUCGGCACGAGGUGCAGCUGAUAGCCAAGGCCCUGAUUCGGCUGCUGCGCUCCCACAAAGAAGUCCAGAGUGUUGUCCUCAAUUGCAUUGCCUCGAUGUCAACCAAGCGCAAAACCAUUUUCGAGCCCCAUCUCAAGUCGUUCUUUGUGCGGACCAGUGAUCCGACGCAUCUGAAGCUUCUCAAAUUGAACAUACUAACAAAUUUGGCAUCGGCCUCAAGUAUCUCGCUAAUCCUGCGUGAAUUCCAGACCUACAUUUCCAGCAAUGAUCGUUCCUUUGUGGCUGCCACCAUUCAGGCGAUUGGACGAUGCGCGGCAAGCAUCAAAGAGGUCACCGAGACCUGCCUAAGUGGUCUUGUCCAUCUCCUAUCCAAUCAUGAUGAACAUGUGGUGGCCGAGAGUGUGGUGGUUAUUAAAAAGCUAUUCCAGACCAAGGCUGCAGAGCACUACGAGAUUAUUACCCAAAUGGCCAAGCUGAUUGAUUUCAUCAAUGUGCCAGCUGCUCGGGCGGCCAUCAUUUGGCUAAUUGGUGAAUACAAUGAAAAAGUGCCACUAAUAGCACCCGAUGUCCUUCGCAAGAUGGCCAAAUCGUUUGUGGACGAGCAGGACGUGGUUAAGCUGCAGGUGCUGAAUCUUGGCGUUAAACUCUACUUGACCAAUCCUCAGCAGACUUCGCUGCUCUGCCAAUAUGUAUUUACCUUGGCCCGCUAUGACUGUAACUACGAUGUCAGGGAUCGGGCGCGAUUCUUGCGCCAGUUCAUCUUUCCAUCGAACGGCGGUGGACAGACGAUGUUGAGUCAGCAUGCCCGGCAGGUGUUCCUGGCCACCAAGCCGGCACCGUUGCCGGAAAGCAAAUACCGGGAUAGCAACAACUUUCAAUUGGGCUCCCUGUCGCAUUAUCUGAAUAUGCCGGCAACUGGCUACAAAGAAUUGCCCACAUUCCCAGCUGUAGCCCCGGAUCCGACUGUUCGAAAUAUACCGGGCUUCAUGCAGGAGAAGCUGUCCAUCAACAGUGAGAGUCCUCUAAAGGGCGGUGGUGCUGGUGCAGGUGCGACAGGCGCUGGUAGUGGCGAGAACUCCGGGUCUAAACAGCAGCGUAAAAAGGAGAGAAAUUUCCUGUCCGACGACGAGGACGAUAAAUCGUCAGCCUACUCCGAGUCCAGCAGUAGCAGUUCCAGCACGAGCUCCGAUUCGAACAGCAGUGACGAGAGCAGCAAUGAAGACAAUCCUGGCGAGGAUGACAAACAGAAGCCAAAACCGAAAGAAUCAACGCCAAAACUGAUUGACGACGAUGACGUUGUCGCAAAGGCGGUUGCAGUUAACAAUCAAACCAGAGAUGGAGGCGAAUCUGGAACAUCCGAUAGCGAGGAGUCAUCCGAAUAUAGUGGCAGCAGUAGCAGCAGCAACAGCAGCGAUGAGCCAGAUGAACAGCUGCAAGAAGCAAAGAAACAGACGGAGAAACCAGUGGCCGCCAAGGCAACACCAACAGCUAAAAGCAAUCUUGAUCUUUUACUUGAUCUAGACGAUAUUCCGCCCAUAGGCCCUGUGAUGACACCCUCCUUAGGAGGCUUCCUUACGCCAGGCACUCCCGCAGUGACGCAAACCCAGGCCAGUCCAGCGACUGGCGGACUCGAACUAGUGGGACCCUCGUACAUUGAAUUCAAGCACAAGCAGCUCCUCAAUAAAGUCAGUGGGCAUGGCCUCCAGCUGGCCUAUCGCUUCACCCGCGCCCCACACCUCUACUCUUCCAGCAUGUGUUCCAUUGAGCUACAAUUCCAGAACUGUGGUCCCCACGAGAUCACCAACAUCCACUUGGGCCAAAGGACACUGCCAGCCGGGAUGCAACUGAACGAAUUUUCACCUGUGGCCCAACUGCAGCCGCAGCAAAUGGCCAGUGGCGUGCUGGGCAUUGAUUUCAAUGACUCCACCCAUGCCGUUGACCUCGAACUGGUGUCCAGUGCGGGCAGCUCGCGAGUCCAAUUGAAGCCUCCAGUGGGUGAGCUGGUUCGGGCCAUCCAAAUACCCGAGAGCCAUCAUCGCGAAGAACGUGCGAAGCUGAGGGGCAUGAAUGAGCAUCAGUGCGAAUUGCACGGCCUGAGACGGGAUCUAAUUGAUGUCACUUCACUCAAACAGAAGAUCUUCGAGUGUCUCAAUGUGGCCCAUACGCACAGCUCGGCCACAGGACAGUUGCAUUGCUUUGCCGGCCAGACAUUAAGUUCCAAGAGUCUCGUCCUGCUCACUCUCCAAUGGCAGUCGGAUGAGGCCCUCACCCUGCUGGUCAACUGCGAGAAGAUGGUUAUCGGUUCCAUGGUGCUCAAUGAAUUGCGUAAUGCUCUGCAGUUGAGCUUCUCCAUGUGAGCAGCAUGAGAUUGAGUGCGAGAUGACGUACAUACGUACACAUACAUACAUACAUAUACAUAUACAAUUUAUAACAUAUAUAUAAUAUAUAGUUUCAAUAUCUACUGCUGUGUAAUAUGGUUUCCUCUCUCUCUCUCACACUCUGUCUCUCUCGCUGGCUCUUUCUCUUUUAAAUCUCUCAUCAAAUCAAAUGGAAUUUCCUUUGUCAAACAAAUUUUAAAAUGCAUUUGAAGAAAUAUCUGUUGCUUCU